AAUUAAACAUUUAAUUGUGAAUUUGAUUUACUGACUUUGUAUUCACACAUAGGCUGUACAGCAAAACCAGUUUUUCGUGUUUGUAAUCAGAGAGAGAGGAUCUCUCAAACCUCCGUUCAGUCUUCUCUUGUGAUCACACACCUGAUAUUAACAUGCGUCAUAACCCUCAUGCCAGCAUGGACUGAGGUGCACCUGCCUCAAUCCAACGGCCUGAACCAACAGUCCCAAAAAACCAAAAAACCUCUGUUCCUCCUUCAGGUAGCCUUAUAGCUGCCAUAUCUCAGUAAUUGUUGCACCUCCCCUUUUUCACUCGGUGCAACCUGCCACAACUAUUUAAAAACCACAAUAGAAGUGACUUUACAAACCAGCUGGUUUGCAUUUAGGAUAAAUUAGCCUAUUUCAUUUAUGUUCAAUGACUAAUGUUAGCUGAGCUGACACAUCACAUAACAAGACAAAGUUACAAAAGAAAAUUCUACAUAGUUAAAUAUCCGUUUCAUACCUCUAAUCUGUUAUCACAGCGCAGAGUAACAGAAGCACCGUUUCUUAAUGCACAAACGUAACUUUACUAUACUUCAACUGUUUACUCUUCCUGGCCUGGUGGGUUGGGUUGGGCUGGUGGGUCAAAUGGCUGUGAUUGGAUGUAUGGUCGUUCAAUCAAUCCAACUUUUCAUGUAUGGGGAACUAAGUUUCGUUUUAUCAAUAUUUGCCUCUGGAAAAAGUGGAGGGGAUGGAAUCAUGUUUCUGUGAAACUGCGGGUAUCACAACACUCAUAACACCUGCAGCUGCAAUGCGCCUGCUGGCCAUCAAGCAUACUGGGACAGAUACAGGUGGGCUGUCAAAACAUUUUUACCGGCCCUCUCUAUGUGCCUGUCAGGCCAUAUUCAGACCAAAUCAGGUUUUGCAGUGCACUGCUGCAGGGUUGAGCCCACGUGUGGGGACGUGUUUCUAGCUCACUCUACCACAGUUGCUCUCUCUCUCUCUCUUUUUUUCUCUUGUCUUUUUUUAAAAUUAGUCAGGAAGCUGAGAGAAAAGUCUAACUUUACUUUCAAAUUUACAAAGAGAGAUGUCCUCCCAUCCUCCUAGUGACGUCUUUGUACUCAGACAAUCACAGCCCAGUACUUUCCUUUACUCUACGCCAAUGUAGUGAACCAGCAGCAGAGAUGAGAAGUGUUGUUGUGAGCCAAUAACGUGCCACCAUGUCUUAACCACAACCCAGAAUUCACGUUACGUCACAUCAUCAACAUCCUGCCACAAACCAGGAACAACAGGUUCCCAGGGUGUGUAGAGAGAUUCUAGCAUGCGUUGGUUACAUUUGAUCGGUUGCAAUAAGGAUGUUUUACACUUUGUUAACAGUUUUGUGAAUUACGAAUCUUGAAAAGCCUUGCCUUCGUUUGGAAUAACAAUGUUUUGCAGGGUGGUAACAUUUUGUUUUCAGUGCUUCCUCUUUCUGACUGGUGGCUGAGUUUACGGCCGGUGGACAGUGUUCAUCAGCCACCUCUUUUUUUCAUUUUCUGUCUCUCGUCUCUCCGAGCGUUGGAGAUGUCGACAAGGAUUUCAGAGAGAGAAUGGAAAACGGCCCUGACCUCCAUCCUGGAGGAGCUGGAUGAGUCAGAAUACAACAAGAUGCUGCUGAGUUUGCACAAAAUCCCCAAACGUGCAAAGACUGGCAGAUCCAAAGAGGAGAUGCCCCAAAUAAUCAUCCAGCACUACGGAGUAAAUGACUCCAUCUUUGCAAUCAAAGAAGCAAUGGAGCGGAUACCAAGGAGGGACUCGGCAGUCCAGGACCUGCUGUGCCCCUUUGUGGACAAACUGAACAAAGUGUUGGAGAAUUCUGCUGACGUCUCGACAGAGCUGGAGACGGAAGCUCAGACGCUCAUCGAGCACCAGAGGCCAGUUUGUUCCAUUGCAAAUACCCAGAUGUGUGUUGAAAAGAAAGAUAUGAGUGAGGGAACCCUUGUGAAGGUUCAAAGUGAUGUCGUUCAGACCAGAAGACAUAACCGGACUGACAAAAGUAAGUGGGGCAGAGACUCACCUGGAAUGCAGAAUCAAAAAAUAAAUGGCUGCCAGCAGGCUUCAAUUUACAGUGCAGAAAAGAAGGAAAUAUCAAAGCAGAAAGAAGAAAAGAAGCAGAAAAGAGAACAAGAAACAGACAAACUGAAAAAUAUCAUCAGAGAGCUGAAGGAGGAAAGAGAACGAGAAACAGACGAACUGAAAAAUAUCAUCAGAGAGCUGAAGGAGGAAAGAGAACGAGAAACAGACGAACUGAAAAAUAUCAUCAGAGAGCUGAAGGAGGAAAGAGAACGAGAAACAGACGAACUGAAAAAUAUCAUCAGAGAGCUGAAGGAGGAGAGAGACAAAUGCGUCAGUGAACUGACAAAAAGAAUAGAUGCAGCAGAGUCAAGAAUUGCAGAACAAGAGGAACGUGAAAUCGCUGUGACCAAAAUGCUUCACCACACUCUGUGCCAAAAGACACAACUGGAAGAGAGAUGUGAGAAUCUCGAAAAACACUACCGAGCGAACAAUCUAAGAAUUCAUUCAGUGCCUGAGAAAUGUGAAGGAAAUAACAUAGUUGGGUUUGUGGAGACCCUAAUACGGGAGAACCUGGAUGUUAAGGGUGAAAUCCACAUUGAACGAGCGCACCGGGUGAACAGGCAGAAGAAGAACGACAUACGUCCAAGGUCAAUAAUGGUUCGCUUCCAAAACUACAGCGUGACGGAAAGGGUGCUUCAGGCCGCCUGGGCAAAGAAGGACAUUCGGGUGAAUGACAGCAGGAUAUAUUUUAAUUCAGACUUCACUACCAAGGUGUUCAAGGUGCAUGCACAAUACAGGAAAGUAAGAAAGCAACUUAAGGACAAAAAUAUCAAGUCGCGCAUUAUUUCUCGUGCAAGACUGAGAAUAUUUGAGAAAAAUGGAAAUAUUAAGGUGUUUGACAACCCCCAAGCUGCGGCAGAAGGUCUACGAGAGUUUGGCAUCAACAUGGAGAUUCCAGCCGGGGAGCUGGACUUGGAGUCUCAGCUGCAGGCUGCAAGCAGCAGGAAAUAGAGAGGAAAGAAAAUUAGUAUUUCCUGAUUUCUUCCUGAGCAGUUGGGAGACUCAGCAGUAACAUAUUUCUCUGUUCUCUAUUUCUCUGUCUAGUUUGGCACUGUCUCAUCAGGCGAGGACAGAAUAGUGUGGUGGAAACUGCCGUCCUAUGACCAAACGAAUGUGCUAGUGAGUGUGCAAAAAUAAAAUUAUGUCAAUAAGAGACAGUUCCCAGGGAAGUUAGCAAGAAGGCUAAUCAGUGGUGUAGCAUUUUGGUUUCCUGUGUUUUUUGAGAGAAGUGGAGGAUGCUGUGACAGUAUUAUUUCUAAGAUAAACCAAAGCGUCGAGG